AUUGAAAUAAAAGGAGUUCCUCAAUCAUGAACUCCAUAAGCAGUGCCAGAGAGCUGAGCACGCAGAGCAAUGGAUGGGAGGCUCUGCAAUGAGUUUGAAACCGACCUCCCGGGUGCCGACUUGUGGGAGGUCUAUGGCAGCCUUCUUCUCGAUCAACUAGUCCCCCAAUUGCUUCCACAACUGUUCUCAAAGAUAGAAAUUGUUGAGGGAGAUGGUGGCGUCAGGACAAUCCUGCUUGUCACUUCCCCUCCUGCAGGAAUUUCUGAAUUAGAAAGUUUCAAGGAGAAGUUCACCAUAGUAGACAACGAAAAGGACAUCAAGGAGGCAGAAAAUGAUUGAAGGAGGCUUUCUAGAUCUUGGCUUUCAGAAAUAUUUAGUGUGAUUAGAGAUUGUAGAAAAAUAAGACGGCACGUAUAAAGUUGAGCCAAGCAUACAAACAAUGCUUCCCUUGUUUACGGGAAGUUUGGCCAAGUAUAUCAAAGAGCAGAAGAGUCCCAAGCAAGACCCCGAGUAAACUUCAGAAGAACAGGUACCCAAAUUUAACUCAAAAAGGAUUGUAGCCAAGUUGGAGCAAAUUCCCAUAUCAUUUUGUUCUUCAUCUUGCUGAUCCUCUGUGUCUGAGAUGUUUGUAUGUUAUUAUGGACUGUACUUUCAACCUAUCAUAUAGACAAAUGUUUGUUCAGAUAUUGUGAAAAUUUUAAAACA